UGCACAUUCACUCUACUAUUUCUAUCUACGAUAUCAACACUAUCAGAAUUCUGUUCCUAUGUAUUUCUUUUUUUCUGUUUAGCACAGUUUUAAAUUGUGACUCCCUUUUGAAGGCAUUCGUGUUUGUCUAAGGGAACGGAAAGAAUACACUUGUUCACAGAUGGUCCGUUUCGCAAACCCUCGCAAGGUCCUCUGUUUUGUGUGCUACCUGACCUUUUCACGAGUUAACCUGCACUCCUCAUAUAGCCCAGGCUAUGUUUGCACCGGGUUUCUAUCGGUUGACCACUAAACGAGGUCUCUCCUCAUGUCCACUUUAGAACUCGGUAACGAGAAGAAGAAAAUGGCCGACUCGAAUGGCCUUUUCUCAGGCUGUUGCCAUGGCGACUGAGAGAGGAAAAUACCUGCGUGCAUAGCGGCCGUACAUGACUGUGUGGCAGAGUGAGAUUUUGAAAGCACUUGGGACAAAAGGAAGCCCACUGACAAUAUGUGCAAAAUAUGUCCAACACUGUCACGGAACUGCCAAGAGCUUUUUUUUUGUGUGGUGAUGCGUUUGGUCUUUUGUCGAGGGAGGAAGCCUUUGUCUAUCCAUAGUGCAGGGCCACUGGACAGAGAAUAACGAGCCAGGCUUAGCAUGCAGUAGAGAGCUGAAGAUGAUGGAACACCAGGAGCAGAGUGAUGACAUCAGUGUCCUGAGCCCGCUGGAGUUGCUGGCAGAGGCCGCCAAGGAGGAUGAUCGACACUGCCAACCACAGUUCAGGCUGCAACUGAUUGAUGACCUGACCUAUGAAGAUGUCAAGAAAUGCUACAGGGGCUCGACCGUCAGCAAGUACAAUUCCCAGUACCACAAGCUGUUCCAGACCGUGCCCAAGGAGGAGAUCCUCAUGAAAGUGUAUUCCUGCGCUCUUCUCCGAGACAUCCUACUUCAGGGCCGCCUCUACAUCUCCCGCAACUGGCUGUGUUUCUAUGCCAACCUCUUUGGGAAGGACAUCAAGGUGGCCAUUCCAGUGGUGUCAGUACGGCUGGUGAAGAAACACAGGACAGCAGGCCUAGUACCUAACGGGUUGGCCAUCACUGUGGACACCAGCCAGAAGUAUGUGUUUGUGUCCUUGCUGUCCCGAGACAGUGUCUACGAUGUCCUCAGGAGGAUCUGUACACACCUUCAGGUGAAUGGGAAGAAAAGCCUUAGCCUGAAGCAGUACUUGGAGGAGCCUAGCUCACUAUCUAUGGAUGAGUUCCCUGUGGUCAAUGACUUCCCUCCAGUGUUGAAGUGGAGGAGAAAGCCGUCCAUUCCGUCCGUGUCCUCCUCUCUCCCAGACCUCCUGGGGAACUCCACCAGCAGCCUGAGCGCAGUGGACACCCCCUACCUACCCACUGAGGUUCCACUGACACUGAAGAGUAAGAUCAAAGAGCGGAGUCUGGAGACGGAGAAGAUCCUCCUGGCAGAGCCAGUGCCAGAGCUGGGCCACAUGGAGUACCAGCUGCUCAAGUUCUUCAUCCUUCUUAUCAUCCUGCUCAUCAUGUCCUCCUGCUACCUGGCCUUCCGUGUGUGUAGUCUGGAGCAGCAGCUCUCCUUCCUCAAUACACACCCGACAGUGCACAUGAGAGAGAGGUAACACUUGCUGUAUGCUGCGUCACCAUUGGACAGAUGUCCUGUCAGUCACGGAGGUUCUCCUGAUGAUUGGGCAAACAGAGACUCGGUUCAUUUACCUGUCCCACCAUGUAGGUGUGGAGGAGUGCACUGCUGGUUCAAUGAGAAGACAAUGACUUGAGAAAAGCCCAGACCUGAAGCAAAAACUGCACUAAAACAGACAGCCUAGUAGGGGGUGCCAGUGAGUCAAUAAUCCUCUUGUCAUUCCCCAGAAAGACUAUGGACCCCUCGGACAAGAGACUAGGAUGGAAUGAGGAGAAUGGAGGAGGAUCGGAAGUAGAGGACUGCAGAGUAGAUGUCAAUAGAGCUGUGCCAACCAAGUUCACCUGACCUUUGAGCUCAAUGUCCUUAUUUUACUGCCAAUGAAUUACAAUUACAAUUCCAGUCGACUGAUCAGACACCUUCGCAUUCAGGAUUUCAGAGAAUAGUCUUUUUUUUUUCAGAGACAUUUUCAACAGGAACAGACUGAACCCAGUGGGUGUUUUUUUGUGUACACUUUUGUGGAGAGUUGCUGCCAGAGAGACUGAAGACAAGGUAUUCCAUUCCGAUAAGGAACUCAACUUGACCUGGUCAAACAGUUCCCACCGCAACCCACCCGGCUAUGUUUACUGAGCACCGUCACUAAGGCACGAACUCUCCUGUACCCUAAUGAAGAAACUAUUUCAAUAGACAUUAUUAUCAGAACUUUAUCUGCCUGUCAGAAUUGUGAGAUGAUAUGCUAGAGUUGCGGCUGAAUUAUAGCGGUCUUGUCAUGCAAACUGAAAACAUGGUACCGUGUGUGUCAGGUGAGGUCGACAAGUCAUGAAGUGAAAGGUGCGCGCGUGUGUGUGUGUGCGUGUCAGUGUGGGUGCGUGUUUACGUGUGUAUGAGUGUUUUCAACAUUAUGUGUGCAACUUAAACAAGUGACUAGGAAUAUCUCAAGGUAGCGUGCAGCUUCUCCACCUGACAAACGAUGCCUGCAUGUAAUGUAACACUAGAUAUUGACCGAAUUGUAAAGCCAUUGUCUGUGACACUGUUGCAUGGAUGUUAUCGAUGGAGUGGAACUAACGCAGUAAAGCAGUGACGGUAUCGAGAGAGACGCAGGUUGACAGUGAAAGUCGUUGCUGUUCACUUGUUCCACAACGUUCCCACGUGGAGGUGUGUACUAUAGAGAUUGUACAGUACUUGAAACCUAAUCAUUGCAUUUCAUAGGAGAUUAUGUAUUCAUGUCAUCCAUGGUGUGGAAAAAUAUGGCCUCCACUUCAGCUACUAGGUGCACCUUUUUAAAGCGUAUCUGAGGCUGGUUCAGAGAGAAUUGUGUAGACUAGAGUGUAUUUACUACUAGAGCCUGUAUGUAUUUAUUUGUGUGCAAUUUUGUACUGAGUCAGGAAGGCAUGUUGUUUUUAGUGAGUCGGGUGUUUGUUCACUGACGUAUUUCUAACAUGGGUCGUGUUCAUUUUGCACAAAAUGGGGGGGGGGAACUGAUUUUAAAUGAACUACUUGGAUUUGUCCAAUCAUGCCCUAAUGAAUACGACCCUGUCUUGCAGUAGGGCUGGAGUCAGCAGUGCCGUGCGUAACUGUGAGACAGCAGUGACUAAUAAACAGCCUUCCUCUCUG